AAAAAAAAAAAACAAUUCAAAAUCAAUCUCCAAACAACCAUUAGAGGAGACUAUGAUGUUUGCUGGCGGGAAGAGGUAAGACCUUUUGAUUUGUUUAAUUUCAAAAUUUGUUUGUGAAAAAAAGAAAACGAAGAAAAAGGGGAGUGAAGUGAAAAUGGAGAACCCUACUAGCAGUAGGGAAAGAAGAAAUAGAGCAGGGAUUGACGAUAACAUACUCGCCAUGCUUGAUGCCUCUGAAGCUAAGGAUGCUCAUCAAGAUGCACUCGAUGACGGGAUUGCGUUUCUGGAUGCUGUUCGUGCUUCUUCAAUUGUGCUUGAACAUGGAAAAUCCCCCACUUCAAAAAUUUUUGGGGCGGUCUUCCACAUGCUGAGGGCUGGGAAGUCUUUAGAGUUGAUUAUGGCAAGUUAUAAGCUUCUGGUUGAUUUAGACAAGCACUUCCCUCGUGUGUAUUUAUCCGGCACAGAUGAUUCCCCAUCAUCCUCUAACUCUACAUCAAAAUUGGUUGUAGUUAAAGAGGCAUGGUCUCCCAUUGUUGUUUGCCUGGAUAAUGCCACUGCUGUCGGUGAAGCAGGUGACAGAAAGUCUGGUGCACCUCUUGACCCCUCUAGCUUUCAGCUCCUGAUUGAAGAACUUGCUAAAAUUUUCACCGAGACCGAAUUUCAAGCAACAAGCAUGAAGCCCUUGCGGAACAUGUUACUCUUUCAAUAUCUUGUCAUUGUUCUUGAAGGCGAUUUUCUACCUCGUAACGCAACCAUGUACUGGAGCACGCAGAGGGAGUCUUUGCUCAACAUGUUACUGGGAUCAAGGAAAAUAAAUUACAAAAGCUUGAUGAAAGAUUGCAUGGCAGUUAUUUGUCAACUACCUCUACUUCUUCAGAAUGAACUCAGUACAUAUCAAGAGCUUCGAAAGAAUUCUGAAUCUCUGUUAUCCAAAAAUUGUCAUACUGCAUUAUCUCUUGCUAUACUUGAAGUAAUGAAGAACACAUGUGUCUCUAUGGAGAAACUUUUGGUGAUGAUUAUGGACCUUGAUAUGUCAAGGAAGAAAGCAGAUAUUGAUGGUCAUACUUCAAGAGCAGAUGGUCCAAGAACGCCUUUGAUGGACAUAAUUCUGGAUGAACUAGCUUACAGCAAAGAUACCGUUCCCCUUUUUCUUAAGAUUUUCAGUGAACCUAAAUGGAAGCUUGAAAUAGUUGUGCAGUAUCUUUGGAAAUACAUAACUAAGCCUUCUGUUCGCACCCGUAAGUCUGAUGGUUGUACUGAAGAUGCAACAUUUGAUGGGGCUUUGAAAUGCUUUUCAAAUAAAACUGGCACUAAGAGCAUACUAAAAAAAAUUGGUGCCGAUGUAGUUCAGUUGCUUUUGGCUCAUGGUUUUCAGGCUCAAUUGUCAAUAUUGUCAGAAGGACAUGUAGAUGACAACAUUGCUGGUGACAAAGAAGGAGAAGUCAGUGCCCUUGUAGCUUUGUGCCAGACGUUUAUCUCUACUUUUGAUAGCUUGAGAAGCACAGACGAGGAAAUGGAAAUAUCGUCCCUUGGAAAAGAGGCAUUAUUUACUGCAGCAACUAUUAUCUCCAUGAAGUCAUAGGAGUGUAAAUAACUGCAUUGACUCGAUUCACUCAUUCUGAUGGUACAGGAUUAACUCAUUUUGACUUGAAGAUAGCAUUGGAGGUUUUGAUUCAGUGCCAUAUGAAUUUUUUAAUGCAGUACAAUAUGAUUAUGGAGUAUAGGAAGUUG